UCAGUCGGUGCCGGUGCUGGUGUGGUGGUGACGUGUGGUCGAGGUGGAGUGGUGUUGGUGCCGUUGACUUAUUCCAGUGGAUUAUUGAUCAGCUGACCGGGCCAGCGCCGACCUCUGAAGGAUGCUGGUGGACAAGAGUCGCCAGGGCCGCCGGGCAGGCCCGGCGCCUAUGAACCUGACCAGCUAUAGUCAACUGAUGGCCCAAUCAGAGCGGGGACGGAGUCAGGUCGCCGCGGGUCGACAGACACAGAUGUCUCCCGGUCGGGACACCUCCGCUAGUGAGGAGGACUGCACCCUGAGGAAGGGCGUGCUCUGGUACUGCCGCGACACCCUGCUCAGUCGCUGGAAUUGGAAGGAGCGCUACUUCAUCCUAACCGACGACUACCUCUCUUGCUUCAAGAAGGCCAAGGGACAAUACUCGGACAUGGGGGCGUUCCUUUUCAAGCUGCCGCUGGCCUCCCUGACCGGCGUGGAGUGGCAGAGACUGCGCGGUCAGGCCGCCGUGGCCGUCUCAGACCCGCGGGAGGGCCGGCUGCUGUUCAGGGCACCGCAGGACGUCCUGGACCAGUGGUACAAGGUGUUGAAGCGGGCUGCUGAGUGCAGCCGCGAGCGUCGUCGCUUCCUGCGUCUGUCCAGCUCCAACCUCUCGACACUGGGCUUGGGUCCGGUGGGGGCGCCUGGGGCGCCGGGCGCCCCCAGCAGGGCGCCCCUGAGCGACUCCAGCCCGGCCAUCGACCGGCUCUGUGAGCGUGUCGAGCGCGAGGUGUGGGGAGGAGGCGCCGGCGGCUCGGCCGGCCGCCUCAUGAGGCGACAGAAGAGCGAGUUAGAUGCUGGAGUGGUGCUCAGGAGACAGAUGCACUACGCCAGUCAGAAACGGCUCAACAGGCAUAGCAUGAUGCCCGAAAUCGACCUGUACGACUCCAUGCAACGGCCUGCUAACGACGUUGUACGACGCAGUCAGAUACUCCGCAGGCACAACGACUCACUGGACUCUGCCGGCCACUCUCCCUCCACCACGCCGUCCAAAUCGUCGGUGAGCAGCUCCGAAGGAGCGGCCAUGCAGCUGCGCGGUGGUCCAGGCGGCGCUGGCGGCAGCCGCGCCUGUGGCCUAGAUGGCAGCACCGACCAGCGGAUCAGCUCGGUCCGUCGCCGCAGCCGGGGCCAUCUGUCCCACCUGGAGCAGGGGCGACCGCAGAGCAUGAUCUACGACGGUCCCUCACACCCCGUAGAGGUGGUCCUUCGAACAAAAGAGCGCAGCAACCAGCUGCGGCACGAGCAGCGCGUGCAGCACCGGCGCAGCUGUGACGUCACGCUGCUGAACCGUCGGACGGCGUACCUGGCGCAGUACGAGCACUGAGCGGCGUACUUUGCGCAGUACGACCCCAAGUGGCGUACCGAGUCGGUACAGAUGGCGCUGCGGUACAGACUAGAGAACACCAGGCCGCAACUAUCCAUCGCCUGAGAGACACCGGUGCUGCCUGACGAUAGGAAAUGGAUCAUUAAGCAUCGAUGAUAGCUGUGCGAGUCUUCACUAGCUUGUGUGUUUUGUUUGUGUUGAGUGAGAAACGGAUUCUGUUGAUAAAUGCGUGAAUUCUACGUAACUACUAGUUCCAUGUGUAUUUCACCACCGGACUAUAAAAUAAGAUGAUACAAUACUGGAGCUUUAGCUGUCUGAGGCUAGAGCAGCCCCAUUAGCGGUUUUCCUCUCCUGGUAGAGAGCAGCGCUCAUGGGAUGUCCUUGGAUGAGAACUUGAAUGCUAGAAGUGUCCUUUUCAGUGAAAGGAAUCGUAGCAAAGCAAUGAUCCCAGCUAUCCCAGUCUCCUAGUAUGCCUCUGUGGUGUGACUUAUAAUUAGAGGUGAAGACAUGUGAGUGUGACCCUGAUGUAAGUGUGACCCUGAUUUGAGCACUGAGAUCACCUGAGAUCACCUUAUAGCUCAGGAUAUUUAUAGUCAAAGUCUCGAACACGCGUGAAGAAAAUCGGAUCUGUGUAGAAGUUGUAUGAACUUCUGUAAAAUUACAAAUGAAACUCAUGAUUUAGUUCAACGCUGACGAAAUAUCGAUUGCAUGUGAUGGCAUAUGAUAUAAUAAAAUAUGUUCUUAGGCGUCUCGAGCAAACUAUGGCCAUUGGCCACUAUCCAUUCGUCCGGGCGAAAAGUGCGAACUAAACUAUGGCCAUUGGCCACUAUCCAUUCGUCCGGGCGAAAAAUCUGUUUCACUUGUCCCCCAAAUGGGUGUAUUUAGGAAAGGAGUGACAUAAUGAGUUUAGCUAUCUCCUUUAUCAGUAGGAGUGCAGUAUAGCAGAUGCUCCCCGCUUCGCCCUGAUAAACCUCUGAAAGUAGUGAGGCGAGCCAAAUGAUGUGAUAUGUGUUUGAUGUGACAAAUAAAUGGAAACGAUUU